AUGGCUAGUCCUGACGAUCAAAAAGAGCUAAAGAAGAAGGAGGAGUUAGAGUUCUAUACUAAAUUCGAGCAAAAAAUUCAGCCCGCAAUCGAGGAGUUCCGAAAUAGUUUUCCAAAUGGUCCUCAUAUUCAGCCAAGAGGGCCAAUGCCGCUAGGCAAUUGCGAAAUUCCCUUUGACGAAUGGUGUAGUUUCUUGGUAAGAGCGCCGCCACCGACACCAAAACAGCGACAGUAUGUUCCGCCUCUUUCAGCGCAACAAAAAAACGCUACACAAGUUGCACCUAAUCGACAAGCUCCGGUCGGUUCAGAUAGGCCCCCUAAUGGUACUGCAUCCUCGAACUCUUCAAAAAAUAAAAUUGGCUAUCUUGAUUUUCUUGAAGAGCUUUCAAAACAAAAUCCGGGUUAUGAUAGUUUUGGUUUUAACAGACCAACCGAGGAAGCAGAGCAUAUAGGAAACACGCUGAAAACUAUGAAAUUUAAUACGGAUAAUUCGAACACUUAUGGUACACUGAAUAAAAUGAACAGGAAAGAUCCUCUACCAAAUGGAAGGGCAAAUGUGGAUGCUGGAAAAAGGGACUUUACGAGAGAAGACGCUAAAAUCGUGCUGGAGAAAUUUUACGAAACACGAAAGAGAAAAGCUUCCUUUAUAAUACCUACCUUAGAUGAUUUACCAAACACAAAAAAUCCACGUGGACAGAAGGCUCCAGGCCAUAAACGGAAUCCAAAAGAUGUCAUUAUGACAGAUCGAGAAUUUACAUGUGAUGAUGAAAGAGCUCUAGGUGAUCCUCCAGCAUUGCCUGUCACAAAUAAUCCGGUCAGCAAUGAUUCUCAAAAACCUGUUAAACAGUUAAUAGUUAAGUUGAAAAUACCACAAAGAAAACAGGAUGAUGCAACUUCAUCACAAAAUGAAAAUUCCUGGUUGUCACAACAAAGACAUUCAAAGGGUAUAAAAUCUCAGAUCGUAGAAGUUGGUUCUAAUGCGCCUGAUUACGGAAUCAAAGGAGUGAAACCCUUGGAAAACGGGUCAACAAAAGAAAUGAAGAUGACAAAAGUUCGUGAGUAUCAGGAUGUUUCUCGUGCCCCGAAACGGAAAUUGAUCAAAAGUGCAUCCGCAUCAGACUCUCGUCCAGCCGAUGUAGUAGAAUUUGAUGAGACCUUUAGACUGCAAACUAUUGGGCAAACAGCUAUUGAACAUCAAUCCCCUGUAAUAACUGUUCAAACCGUCGGUAAUCAAACAGAUAGCUCUUUUUAUACUAGAUCAGUCCAAGUUUGUACUAGAUCAGUCCAAGUUCAGACAGACCCAACAGAUACUGAUGAUGACCGAUCAGAUAUGGCUCUAUUUCAUCAUACCCUAUUUGAACGUAAAAGCGCUAUAGGUCGCGAAUACAAACAUAGAGCUGAAAAAGACACAGAAAAACGAUCGCCAUUGGAAAGGGUAUCUGAUUAUCUGGAGUCCUUUCUACGUUACACCGAAGCUGUUUUUCAUCAGCAUGAAGCUGAUAAGAAUGGUUAUUCUUACAAUUGUAAAUACCUUAACCUAGAAAAAUUAUUUGACUUUAUCCGAGUCACAAUUGAAAAACAAGGAAACGAGACUCCUUUGGCCAGUCUGGUCAAGUUUGUAAAAGCAGUGAUCCUACUUAAUCGUUACCAGCUUGAGAUAAAUCGUUGCCGUCAGGCUGAGAGUGAACUUUUAAAGGCUUACAUAAAUGAAACAUCGAUUCUAGAUUCUAAGAGUACUGGGGCAGCCUUUGACGCAUAUAUGAAUUCCGUAGAAACGACGAAGAAAUCGUAUAAAACUUCUACAGAACAGUUUACUAAGAUUCACCAAACUUUUGAAGAAUCAAAAAAACAGUUAAACCAGUUGGGAAAGCUAGAUUUAAAUAUUUGUACUGAUCUUAAAAAAACAUUAGUCUUUGCACAGGAGAUGGUGGAUAAAUGGAGAGACGAGCGAGGAAUUAAACCAGAACAGAUUACAGAUAUUACUACUGAGUUAGAAGAGACUAAUUAUGAGAACCCUCUAAAUGAUAUGGAUAACAAAUUGUUUGAGGAAUAUAUAGACUUGGAAUUGAAUACCCUAAAUGGAAUCCUAGCAGAAUCAGAAAUAAUCUAUUAA